AUGUUGAAGUAUCAUCAUCGCCGGCCCCUCCACCGGCGGCUCCUCCAGCCCCACCUCCUCCUGCUCCACGACCUGGCGCUGCUGCCCCUCGCCCCCCUCCUCCACCUCCCCCACGGCCGCUCAUCCCCCUCCUCUACCUCCUCCACGGCCGCUCAGCCCCCCUCCUCGUCCUUGUUGGCGUGCUCCGCGGUCGUGACCUCUGCUUGCUGUUGAUCUCGCCGCUGCCGCCCCCGCGGCGGCGGCUACUUCCGCUGCUGCUGCUGCGAGUUGUGCCGGUGUUGCUGCCCCUGUUGCGGCCUCUGGUGCCGCUGAUAUUGCCGGUGCUGUUGAUGCUGGUACUGACCCCUCACCUAUUGGAGAGGAUAGCUCUGCUGGAGCUGCCCCCCCGCGUGCUUGGGAGGCUUCAUGAGCACGGGCUUUACCCUUGCCUUUGCUGGGAGGGUGCGGGACGGGUACCGCCGCCACUGCUGCUGCUGCUGCUGCUGCUGCUGCUGCUGCUGCUGCUGCUGCUGCUGCUGCUGCUGCUGUUGCUGUUGCUGCUGCUGCUGCUGCUGCUGUUGUUGUUGUUGUUGUUACGAGCUCUGUUGGUGCUGUUGCGGAUCCUUCUCCUACGGUUAAGAAUGGUGGUGCCCGAGCUUCUCCAUCUACUCGAGAGUGGUCACCCUCAUAGUCCAAGCGAGGAGGCGACUGCUGUUGUGUACCGGCGGGAGGUGANCGGGACGUGGAGUGGACUCGCCUAUGGUUGGUGCCGCCGUGCUUGAUGAACCACCAGAACCCCCACUAACGUCGACAUCGCCGGCGGAUGACGCGCUUCUAGCAUCCGCACUGCUUCCCUCCCCACUUUGGUCCUCACUCACCCGUGGCCGCUUUGAUGAUGGCUGGGCUUGCGGGUGCCGGGAAAGCAUCCUUGCGAACGCGGCCGCCUGGUUCUUCUGCUGCGCACUGCUGCGCAGCUAUCCUCUCCUCUCCGCAUUUGUUUUCCGACCCGCUUUUUGUGCGCCAUACUUGGGUUUUGAUCCUGGAUUUCGCCCAUGGGGAGCGCUGGCUCCACGGUUGCUGUGGGAGGGCUGUUGUGCUUUCCGUUGUGGUCUGUGUUGGGUGUUGUCAU